GUUUGUUAAGUACUGAAGCGACAUUCCCGGGUGUAAACAAACUUUGUAAGUUCACAACUAGAGCGAGAGAAUAAUGGAUGAGUUCAGACACACUUUUGUUAGACUAUGUAGAGACAAUCAUACAGAUCCCCCAGAUUUUAUAAUUCACCAGUUAAAAAGCUUUGAGAACACAUCAAAAAGAGGAAAGGCAAUCUUAGAUUUGUCUACCAAUAGUUUGUCUCCAAAACCAUGUCACAUUUUGGGGAAAGUCAUUGCAACAGAUAGGACAUUUCUAGAAUACAAGUUUGCAGACUGUAUGCUGAGUGAAGAUGCUGUGAAAGGAAUUUCAAAUGGAUUUGCACACAAUUCUUACUGCAAAAGUCUGGAUAUGAAGGGAAACAACAUCAGAGGAGCUGGCGCAGAAGCCUUGGGGAAAAUGUUACAUCAUAAUCAAUCAUUAUUAAAAUUGUGUUUGGAAUGGAAUGCCCUUGGCAUGUUAGACAACUCCUUUUCACUGUUCUGUGAAGGACUUGGGUCAAAUGAAUGCUUACAGGCUCUGGACCUUAGAAACAACCAGAUCAAUCAUGACUGUGCCAUUGAAUUAGCAGCUAACUUAAAGAGAAACAAAACUUUAAGAGCUAUAGAUCUGAGAUGGAACAAUGUGGGUCUAUUAGGAGGAAGAGCUAUUCUAGAGAUGUUACACACUAACAAAACUGUUUGCCGACUAGAGCUUGCAGGAAACAAUAUUCCUGGUGAUAUACUAAAGUCUAUUGAGACAGCAAUUGGACAAAAUGAAGACAGAGCAGUAUUGAGUGAAGAUCACAAGAAAAAAAUGCAGAUGCUAACAAAGCAUGUCAAACAAAUAGAAACUGAUAAAUCUUUACAGAUGAAUGAUCUCAUGGAUACUAUUGAAAAACAAGAAGAUGUCCUCAGGAAUACAAAAAGAACAACUACUCAGCAAGUGGCACAGUUACAAGAGGCUCUAGAGGAGAGGAAAUCAUCAUUCAAUGCAUUAGCUUCAAAAUUAUCAAUGACAGAAUCUGAACUAGCUUUACAGGAACAGAAAACACAUGAUGUAGAAAUUGUAGUAGAAAGACUAAAACAAGAACUAUCAGGCAGACACAGCUCUCAUAACGAGGACCUGAGGAAAGAACGAGAGACAAGAGCAACAAUGGAAGCACAGCUGCAUAAAGAACUGUCAGAGUCUAGUGAUAAAAAUAUACAAUUACAGGCCAAGUUGGAUGAUACAGAGAGGAAAUGUCGUCUGCAACAAGAUCAGAUCUUUGAACUGAAGGAACAGGUCACACAUUUACAAGCAGAAAUCAAAAUUAAAGGUGCUCACUUUGAAGAAAGAUUACAGUCAGAAAGAAACAGACACAAAGAAGAUCUCAGAGACGCAGAACAAAUAAGACAAAAAGAGGUAUCCAGAGUGAGACAAGAUGCAGAUGAAGUUGAAGCAAAUCUAAGGGAGAGAAUCCAACAGCUAGAAAUGACAAGACUUGAGUUAGAAGAAGAAAUAAGUAGACAGAAAAAUCAUAACAUGUCCAAUAAACUACAGCAUGAAGAACAGCUUACUAUCGUCAAACAAAAAUUCCAGUCUGAGGAGGAAAACAGAUAUAGUCAAUUAGAAGAAAAGUUACGUGUGACACAGUUAUUGAAAGAUGAGGUGCAGUCACGAUGUAACCAACAGAAUUCCACUGUUAGUGAUCUAACAUCUAGGAAUAGUACACUAACAUUGGAAACAGAAACAAUGAAGAAAAGAGUGGAAGAGAUGCAGCAGGAACUAGCUGAAAAGAAUGCAGUAACUUUUGCUGAAGUUGGAAAGGUUAAACUUGAUUUGAAUCAAGCAUUAAACAAACUUGAAGCAGAGAGAAAAGUGCAAACAGAAUUAAGGGAUCAACUUUCUGAUUCAGAUAGGAAAACAUCUGAACAAAUUUUAAGAUAUAGAGAAGCAUGUGAGGAGAAAGAUGCAGAAUUAGACAGUUUAAGAAGACGUCUCAAGUCUCGUGAAUUAGAAGUAUCCCAUGUCCGAGAAGAAGAAUCUCAAAGAGCUAAGAUGCUACAAAUGGCUGUAUUGAACUAUUGUCAGAACAUACCACAGUCAACAAUGGAAUCAUCAUGAUCAAAAUGAAAAACAUUUUAAGAAAACAAUGUUGAAAUUUUUUGAAAAUAGUUUACUUCCUACACUGGGAUAUGUAGAAAGAAGUGAGAUGAAAAGAAGUUGUUGUAUGAUUUUAAUUAUUGUAUAGUAACAAUAUUUUUCAUACAGAACGUAGUCAAAAGUUAGCUUGCAGUAACAUAUAGUAUUGCACUAUCAUAAAUUAAGCAUAAAAUUAGUGAUAUCAUCAGUGACAAAAAUAUGUUUUAAAGAAAUUUUCAAGCUUUGCUUUACAAUAAAAGGGUUAUUCCAUGAAUAUUGGUAAACAGUAUUGCUUGUAGAAUAUAAAUUGCACUUCCCAAGCUGAUGCAAUUUUAAAAUCUACUUUGGAAAAUGUUCAUGCAAUACCCCUAAAGGGAUCCGAUAUAAUACAGUUCUAGCUCAAUAUUAUCCUAUUUUAUUUUAUCUAAUAAGUUUUUGAUGAAUAUUUAUUUGUUAUUUAGAAUUCAUCUACCUUGAUUUAUAGAGAAAAAGGAAUACAGAAAUAUGUACUCAGAGUUGUGGUCAAUUAGCUAUAUAGAAUUAUGGUUUCUUACAACGAUUAAUGUCAUAAAAGUUACAAAUAAUAGCUAUAAAUGGUAUUUACUUAAAGAUUUGAGGAUUUAUAGUUACAUGUCAUUGUAAUAUUUUUAUUUUGUCUCUGCUUUUUUUCUAAAUGUAGAAAGACAUUUUUAAAAUGAUGGCAGAUAUUUUGGAUCUAUUUUCUGGAAUUACAAAUGGUAUACCUCUAUCAUAAGUAAGCAUACAUGUAUGCUUUCAUGAAAAAUCCAAAAUUUUAUAUUACCUUUGUUUAAAUAUAGCUGUAUUUUCUAGCGAAUCAAACAAAAUGAUGACCACUAUUUGUUUUUUGUUUUCUUAGAGAAUCAAAUGAUAAAAUAGAAAUCUUCUUUCAAAAUAAACUAAGUAGUACUUAAUUUGUAGUUGUAUUUCUGAUAACAUACACAAAUUUUCACUAUUUUUCUCUCGCCUGCGACAAAAGCCGCAGAAAGCGAGACAUAAGGAUUGCUUUUCCAGUGACGGGUGUGGUGGCGUCAACAAUUGUUAAGUUUUCUGCCUAAGUUAUAUAUAAGUUUGAUAGGAACUACUUGUGAUAGAUCAUUGAUAUUUAUUACAACGUUGCAUUACUAUCAGUACAUAUCAAUUUGACGACUAUUUCGAGACCCUGCCCCGUAGGUCAUAGUCCAGCAUCUUUGAAUUAACUAGAAAUUUUCAAUGUUAAGUUUUCUGCUUAAGUUAGUUUGAUAAAAACUACUUGUGAUAGAUCAAUGAUAUUUAAUAUGAAGUUGCAUUACUAUCAGAACAUAUCAGUUUGAUGCCUAUUUUGAGGACCUGCCCCCUAAGUCAAGGUCCAGUGACUUUGAAUUAAUUACCAAUUUUCAAUGUUAAGUGUUCUGCUUAAUUGAGUUUGAUAGGAUCUUCUGGUGAUAAAUCAAUGAUAUUUUGUAUGAAGUCGCAUUACUAUCAGUACAUAUCAGUUUGACAACUAUUUUUAGACCCUGCCCCCUAGGUCAUGGUCCAGAUACUUUGAAUAUUAAGCAAUUUUCAAUAUUAUGUUUUCUGCUUAAGUUAGUUUGAAUGGAUCUUCUUGUAAUAGAUCAAGGAUAUUUUGUAUGAAGUUGCAUUACUAUCAGUACUUAUCUGUUUGACGACUAUUUUGAGGCCCUACCCCCUAGAUCAUGGUCCAGUGACUUUGAAUUAAUUAGCAAUUUUCAAUGUUAAGUUUUCUGCUUAAGUCAGUUUGAUAAGAACUACUUGUGACAGAUCAAUGAUAUUUUGUGUAAAGUUGCAUUACUAUCAGUACAACUCAGUAUGUCGACCAUUUCUAGGCCUUGCCGACAAGAUCACAGUCCAGCGACUUUUAAUUAAUAAGCAAUGUUGUUAUCCAUCAGAUUGUCUUUUUUCUGAAUUUUAUGUGGACAGGCGAGACAUAUCUCUGUGUCAACAGUUUACUUUUCUU